AUGCGCCUUGAACAUGCGCAUGCUGAAAACCCAGGUCUUGAGGAGCAAAGGCGCCUCCUUGAGAGUAUAAUGCCAAUAGUAGCCCAGCUAGAAGAUAAAGGAGUGACUCUGAACGGCUCCUUCCCAUGUCAGAGAGUGCUUUCAAAAUUCACAGCAAAGCUUCAGCGCAAGGUUCUCGAACAGUGCAUUAGUGCCUCCACACAAGAGCAGUCAUGGAUCCUUAGUGACAUCCUUCUGCACCUGGAUAAAAUCAUAGGCAGGGAAGAACAUAUCAAUUACAUGAUAAAUAAAAAUCCGGCUCCUAGUAAAAGUAAUACGGCGAAGGUUACCAAUAGCGCACACCAGAAAUCGGCGGUUAUGGUUACGCCAUGCCUUUUCUGUAACGCUACCAAUCAUAAAUCGGUAGCAUGCACCAAAUAUGCCACCAUCGAAGAGCGCAGGAACUUUUUCCGUGGCUCUAACCGUUGCCUUAACUGCGGGGCAAGGGCUGUUAGAAACUGUGGAGGGAAGAAGCACCACCACACCCUAUGUCCUUCACGGACGAAGAAAUUCCACUCAACUCCACAUCAACAGUCACCACUACCGGGAAAUGAUCCUGCAGCGGUCGAAUCGACAACAACGACUGACCAGCGAAUAAAAUUGGCUAGAAAUGUAAAAAGAGAGUGGGUUGGGAAACAGGGUCGAACACACGCACACACUCUCGGAACAGGCACCCUUGAGGAUUCGGCAAGCUUGGCGCAAUCAGAGGAAGAAAUCCCCAACACAGGCACGGUCCUCGCUUCAUUGCACAACAAAGGCAUUCACCCAGAAAAAGGGGACAACAGUGGACGCACGGACAGUCAUGUCGUCCUGCUGACAGGAGUGGCACAAGUAAGGGACACCUUACGAAAUCAGUGGAAAGAUGUAGAAGUACUUCUAGACACUGGGGCAGAUGAGUCGUUCAUCUCUACCGAUUUGGCCGACGAACUAGGCCUAGAAUGCACGACAACAAGAAAGCUUCACGUUUACACUUUCGGCACCGUGCAACCGAAGAAUGUAGUUUGCAACGUGACAACCCUGGAACUGUGGGAUAAAUAUGGGAUAAAGCACAAGAUGCACCUGCACACGCUU